CUAGUGAGGAUCUAAGUGAAAACAAAAGAAAAGAAAAGGAAUGUUGUCAAAGUGGAAAACUCUGCUGCCACGUUAAACAGCUGUAAUAACAGAUGCCAGGGAAUUUAACUGCAUGCAAAACAUGGAGAUGGAAUCUUGGAGAUGUGGUCACUAUGGUUACGAAGCUUCCUCCUACGUCACUACCGGCGGUCGCCAGGAAGAACAGCGCGUGCGUGCGGCUGCCGAUGAAUGAAACCGAACAGCAAACUUCAUUCAUUCAUUUCACCUGCCGAGCAGAUUUGACGGUGUUGGCCGACAGUCACAUGUGAGCUCGUGCAGCCGGCUCCAGUGUGCCAUCCUGACUCACCUCCUGUCACUGCCACCUCUCUUUGCUAGGAGUCCGUCCGCAUGCUGGUGACUGUAGCUGGACGUCCCUGCCUCUAAGUGUGUGUGUGGGUGUGUGUGAGUGUGUGUGUGUGGGUGUGUGUGUGUGAAGAGCCCGUGUGUGCCAUGUCGGUGUCAGUGAUCAUAAAGUGGGGAGGUCAGGAGUACUCCAUCAGCUCCCUGUCGGAGGAGGACACGGUGAUGGACCUGAAGCAGUCCAUCAAGACCUUGACCGGGGUGCUGCCAGAGAGACAGAAGCUGCUGGGACUCAAGGUUAAAGGUAAACCAGCAGAGGACGAGGUGAAGCUGGGCUCUUUGAAGCUGAAGCCCAACACCAAGAUCAUGAUGAUGGGCACCAGAGAGGAGAGCCUGGAAGACGUUUUAGCCCCUCCCCCCGAGAACGAUGACGUGGUCAAUGAUUUUGACAUCGAGGAGGAGGUCAUCGAAGUGGAGAACAGAGAGGAGAACCUGGCUAAGAUAGCCCGCAGAGUGAAAGACUACAAGGUGGAGGAGAUGAACGCUCCCAGAGAAGGAAAGCGGCUGCUGGUCCUGGACGUGGACUACACACUGUUCGAUCACAAGUCGUGUGCAGAAACGGGUCAGGAGCUGAUGAGACCAUACCUCCACGAGUUUCUGACAUCAGCCUACGAGGACUACGACAUUGUCAUCUGGUCUGCUACAAGUAUGAAGUGGAUUGAUGCCAAAAUGAAAGAGCUGGGAGUGACGGACAACCCAAACUACAAGAUAACGUUCAUGUUGGACAGCGCAGCGAUGAUCACAGUGCACACCCCGAAGAGAGGCGUCGUCGAGGUGAAGCCUCUGGGUGUGAUAUGGGGGAAGUACGGAGAAUUUUACAACAGGAAGAACACCAUAAUGUUUGAUGACAUUGGACGAAACUUCCUCAUGAAUCCACAGAAUGGACUGAAGAUCCGGCCCUUCAUGAAGGCCCAUCUCAACAGGGAGAAGGACAGGGAGCUGUACAAACUGGCUCAGUACCUCAAAGAAAUUGCCAAGCUUGAGGACUUCAGUGGACUCAACCACAAACACUGGGAAAGGUACCUGUCGAAGAGGCAGCACCACUGAGAGGGGACGGCAUCCUCGACAAAGACUGGGGCUGGGCAAGAACAUCCCAUCAUCCACUACUCACUCACACACACACACACACACACACACACACACAGACACACACUCGACUAUUACAAGUCCUUCGUUUCAAACCUUACAACAGAUCCAACACUAACCCUCCUGCUGACAACACUCAAAAGCUCAGGACUGAGAUGGGCUUCCCAAUUUCUAUAUUUGCAUGUUCUCUGUCUCUCUCCCGAGUCUCACACCUUGUUUUAUUUCAAGUGUUAUUUGCAUUUAUUCCAGAAAUAAUUCCAGUUGCUACCAGUCAGUGUGGCAAAAAUCCACCUGUGUGGGUUAAAAAACAACUUCUUCAUGCCAACUUGUCUAAAAUACAUCUUGAAAUCCAGUCAAACAGCUUCUGAAAAAAAAGUCUGAGCUCUGUUAAACCUGCUUGAUCCUGCAGAUUGCUGAGGUUUACAGCAUUUUCACAUUAAUUAAUGUUUCUACCAAGUAACUUUAAAAAAAGAGAGACUUAUACUUAGUGUCAUCCACCUGUACAACGCUUACGUUUACAUCUUUAAGAAGUAAGGAUUGAAAAGGAUUAAAUCUGAAGUUCAGAGGAAAAUAAUUAAUAAAAACAAGUUACAUAAAUGUAUCUAAAAAUGAGGAUAUAUCCACAGUUUAAAGGUGCAAUGUGUUAAGAAUUUUAGUUGAAAACAUUCUGAACAGAAUGAAGAAGAAUCUGUUUUGACGUCUGAACUGUCUGAGAGAUCUAGUUAGCAUGCUGACCAGCUAGCACCGGUGCUUCUGCUAGCAGUGUGAAGUCUGAUCCAAGUCUGAGUCUUACUGCAGUACAUUCAACAUCAAACCCACAUCUGAAACCCAAACAGUUGAAUGAUAAUAUGCAAUAAUCCUCAAAGCUGGUCGUAGCAAAAUACUUCAAAACAAUUGAUGUACAAGCUGUUGUUCCUCCACCAGACUCAGGCCUGUCAGCAGAGGGCGACACAGGUGUACAGGUGACGGUCAGGUGAAUCGCUGUGUGAGCAUCUCCGUUGUUACAUGCCACCGCUGUGGACGCACACAGUCGAUGGGUUCUAGUUUUUGUUUAGUUUUUUUGAUGCAGAAUUCGUGGGUCAGUGUUUUGUUUAGAGAUUUUACUGAAACGACAUGGUAACUUGAAAUGUUAACGAACAAAGCGAGGAGGAGGGAUGAUGAUGAUGACGAUGAUGAUGAUGAUGAAACACUCAUUUCACAGUUUGUUCUUCAGUUGCUUCUUCAUCAUCUGCACUUAUUGUUAACGUGUAUUUUAAGUUAUGGGUGAAGAAGGCGGAGGUGUUUCUCCUCCUCAUGAACAAGUAGCACCUGAAGCUCUUGGAAACGGGGGGAUGUGAUUUUUCUUUCAGAUCUUGUCAAGUUUACAGCUCUCUUUUCAACUCCUCUUCAUUUUUUAAGAUCUGCCUUUUUGUGUUUUCCUCUUCACAUCCCCGACUUCCUGGCUGUAAAUAUGACAAUAAACCUUUUUUUUGUACCAAUA